UUCGGCUGCGGGCUCGGCGGCUGAACGGAGGGCGUGCGAGGCGCGAUGGGUGGGAGGCGAGCCAGGCCAGGCACUGCGGGACCGUCUCAGCCGCCGAGCCGCUCUCCACCAGGCCAAAGAGGGCGCGUCGCAGGGCGGCGCGACGGCCUGCUGUAUGGAGGAGCAGGGGGAGGAGCAGGUGCCCCAGCCGACUGCGUGCGCCGUCCUUCUCCUAGGCGAGCUGGAGGGGCCGCCAGCGCUACCGCCGAGAUGCACAGCAGCAGCGAGAGCGGCACGCCGGCGUCGCCGUUCCCUCACCAUUUGCCAGCCCGAGAUCGUCUCUGCGCAUGACCCCUCCCUGCCGCCCGCUCCCUAGCAGGGGAGAAGGUUAGGCGGAGAGAGGAUUUCCUCCGUCUUCCACAUUGGAGGCUGCUCCGAGGCGACGCAGUGCAGAGGUGUGGGCAGGUUGCUCCGGCCUGAGACGCCGCCGUCGCCGCCGCGUUUCCUCGGCCGCCUGUCGGACGACACGGGAGCUCCUGCCCGGACGCGCGGCGGCCUCCCCCGCAGCCCCGCCGCCGUGUUCCCGCGCCCGGGGAUCCCCGCUCCCCGCUUCCUCCGUCCCACUCCCGGCCAUGACCGCGGCGGCGGCGGUGGCAGUGGCGGCCGGGGUGCUGGUCGCGUCUCCGCCGCCGCGCCGCCUCUUCCCCAAGUGCUGCUGCCCCCGGCGGCUGCCGCCGGGCUCCAAGAAAGUAGCUUGAUGAGUGUCCAAAGUAGCAGUGGAAGUUUGGAGGGGCCGCCAUCUUGGUCCCGGCUCUCCACGUCCCCACCGAGCCUGCAGGGCUGCUCCGCGGCGGCGGCGGCGGCAGCGGCGGCGGCAGCGGCGGCGGCAGCGGCCGUGGCGGCCUCAGCGGCGGCCUCCCUGCUCCAUAACAACACGCCGCUCAAGGAAGGUGCAAUGGAUGAGCUUCAUAGCCUGGAUCCAAGAAGGCAAGAACUGUUAGAGGCUAGAUUUACUGGAGUUGUGAGUGGCAGUACUGGAAGUACGGGAAGCUGUAGCGUUGGAGCAAAGGCUUCAACUAAUAAUGAGAGUUCCAACCACAGUUUUGGCAGCUUGGGAUCUCUAAGUGACAAAGAAUCGGAGACUCCUGAGAAAAAACAAUUGGAGUCUUCGAGGGGUAGAAAAAGGAAAGCAGAAAACCAGAGUGAAAGCAGUCAAGGGAAAAACAUUGGGGGACGUGGGCACAAAAUUAGUGACUAUUUUGAGUAUCAAGGUGGAAAUGGGUCUAGUCCAGUAAGAGGAAUGCCUCCUGCAAUUCGUUCUCCUCAAAAUUCACAUUCCGCCCCUUCUUCUGUUCGGCAAAACAGCCCCUCUCCUACGGCAUUGUCUUUUGGGGACCACCCUGUUACUCAACCCAAACAGUUAUCGUUUAAAAUCACUCAGACUGAUCUCACAAUGUUGAAAUUAACUGCACUUGAAAGUAAUAAAAAUCAAGACUUGGAAAAAAAAGAAGGUCGUAUAGAUGAUUUGCUCAGGGCUAAUUGUGAUCUACGUCGGCAAAUAGAUGAACAACAAAAGUUACUUGAAAAAUAUAAAGAAAGAUUAAAUAAAUGCAUUUCAAUGAGCAAGAAACUUUUAAUUGAAAAAAGCACACAAGAAAAGCUGGCAAGCAGAGAAAAAAGUAUGCAAGACAGAUUACGCCUUGGGCAUUUUACAACUGUUCGACAUGGUGCUUCGUUUACUGAACAGUGGACAGAUGGCUUUGCAUUUCAGAAUCUUGUAAAGCAACAGGAGUGGGUAAACCAACAAAGAGAAGAUAUUGAAAGGCAAAGAAAACUUCUGGCAAAACGAAAACCUCCAGCCACAAAUAAUUCUCAAGCACCUUCUGCCAAUUCAGAGCCUAAACAGAGGAAAAACAAAGCCGUCAAUGGAGCAGAAAAUGAUCCAUUUGUUAGGCCCAAUUUGCCACAACUGCUAACACUAGCAGAAUAUCAUGAACAAGAAGAAAUUUUCAAGCUUAGAUUAGGACAUCUCAAAAAGGAAGAAGCUGAAAUACAAGCAGAACUUGAACGUUUGGAAAGAGUUAGAAAUCUUCAUAUACGAGAGCUCAAAAGAAUAAACAAUGAAGAUAAUUCUCAGUUCAAAGACCAUCCAACAUUAAAUGAGAGAUAUUUGUUACUUCAUUUACUUGGUCGAGGUGGAUUUAGUGAAGUAUAUAAGGCAUUUGAUCUUUAUGAACAAAGAUAUGCUGCUGUGAAGAUACAUCAACUUAACAAAAGCUGGAGAGAUGAGAAAAAGGAAAACUACCAUAAGCAUGCCUGCAGAGAGUACAGAAUACACAAAGAGUUGGAUCAUCCACGGAUAGUAAAACUUUAUGAUUACUUCUCCUUGGAUACAGAUACGUUUUGUACAGUGUUAGAAUAUUGUGAAGGCAACGAUUUGGAUUUCUAUCUCAAACAACAUAAACUAAUGACAGAGAAGGAAGCUAGGUCCAUUGUAAUGCAGAUUGUAAAUGCACUGCGAUAUCUCAAUGAAAUUAAACCACCCAUUAUACAUUAUGAUCUUAAACCAGGAAACAUCCUUUUGGUUGAUGGAACAGCAUGUGGAGAAAUAAAAAUCACAGAUUUUGGCCUGUCUAAAAUAAUGGAUGAUGAUAGCUAUGGUGUUGAUGGAAUGGACCUAACUUCACAAGGAGCUGGGACUUACUGGUAUUUGCCUCCAGAGUGCUUUGUUGUAGGAAAAGAACCACCAAAAAUUUCUAACAAAGUGGAUGUGUGGUCAGUUGGAGUAAUCUUUUUCCAGUGUCUAUAUGGCCGAAAGCCAUUUGGCCAUAACCAAUCACAACAAGAUAUACUUCAAGAAAACACAAUAUUAAAAGCCACUGAAGUACAAUUCCCAGUAAAGCCUGUUGUGAGCAAUGAAGCCAAGGCUUUUAUCAGGCGUUGCUUGGCAUACCGUAAGGAGGAUCGGUUUGAUGUCCAUCAGCUGGCUAAUGAUGCUUACCUACUUCCACACAUGAGAAGAUCAAACUCUUCAGGAAACUUGCAUAUGACUGGACUGGCAGCCUCUCCCACCCCACCUAUAUCAAGCAUUAUUCCUUACUGAAGCUUCUUCACCAAGAUGAUUCGCUUGACACCUUCAUGAUAUUUAGCUGCAGUGGACUUUCAUUUGAAAGCAUCCUGUUCGCGUUGUUUACACAGCAGGACAAAUUUAACGAUGGUGUCUUUAUACUGUGGCCCUUCAAAGAAAAGUCGUUUCUCUGAGGGGACUGGAUCAUGACCCGAGAAGGGUACCUUUACUUUAGAUGUUCACUUUGAAAACUUGGAAGGAUAGCAUUGCCCGCUGCCUCCUAACCAGAUGUACUGUGUUAUUAAGACUGAAGAAAAUGCGUGUUUGGACUUCUAGGGAGGGAAUACUGUAAAUAAUCUUUUUACUUUAAAAAAAAAACCUUUUGGUUGAUACUGGAGAGUUCUUAUAAAGAGGGGUAGUUUUCAUUAUUUCAAUAAAGAAGAAAAUGGAGCACAGAACAACAACUCAGUGCCUGGACAAGAUAAAGAAAAAAGCUAAAUAAAAGAAUCUUUCUUCCCAAGAAGUCAACAUUUCAAAAACCAAAGUCAAGUUGAGUGACACAUCUUUGUUUCUUAAUUUCAGUGGAUAGAAGGGAUUUAAUAUCGGGGUGGGGCGGGGGUAGGGCUGGUGCGAAGUUUUUAAAAAUGUGUUUGUUGAUUGAAUGACUGUAUUUUCAAAGGGAUAAAAAUAACAGUUCCAGUGAGGGAGCAAAAUCUAGUUUGAAACUAGCUCAACUAUUUAAGUGGCAUUUUGAUACUUAGCAGAAUUGUCAGCUGAUUAUCUGCUAUCCAGGCUUUUUGUGGAGGAUUUACAAGGCCGUGUAUGUAACCAAAAGCAAAUUGGUCGUGUUUAAUGUUUCUAUGCAGGAUAAUGACAAAUUCCCUUCUAAUUUUAUUGUAAAUGUAUUGUACAGAUGUCAUAUUUUCAGUUUAAAAAAAAUUCAGCAACUUAUUUCUGUACAAAUGUUUAAAAGUAUGGCUUUUUCUAAUUGGAUAUUGUAUUUUUUUUAAGUCUCAUUGAAGGCGCUUUUAAUUGCUGCUAAAUGAUGUUGCUUUUGCUUUUGCAAAAAACAAAAACAAAACAAAAAAAAUCAAAACAACCUCCUUAAGGUGCAAGUCAGCUGAAAGUCCUAGAGAGACUGAAAGUAGAUAAUUCAUUAACAAUCAAGGCAUGUCAAACCGAUCUGUGUUGGAACUAUACAGUACAGUUCAAGUCAGUUUCCUGAACUGGAGCACGUGGAUACUAGAUGUAGAAGUUGUUUAUGGUUAUUCUCGGUUUCUGGAAGUACUGUCUACAAGGUGGGAAGAUGUUCCUCUAAAGAGAUGUCUCUUGUGGCUUGUACAGAUAUUUUAAAAUGUGAAACAUUUUCUAACUGCCUUGUAUGGUAAGGGUUUUUUUUUCUUUUUCCAAAUGCAGUAUCUCUCUUCCAUACAAGAUUCCUCUUGUCAUAUUCAUAAUGCUGAAUACUUGUAUGUAACUUUGUCCAUGUCGCAGAAAGGGAGGCUGUAUUACCACAGGUUUUUCAUUUAAUAUUGUACAGUUAAAAUGUGGCUCUUGUUUCUGAUGUUGCAAGCCAUUUUGUUUUUGUUGUACAUAAGGAUACAUUAACUGUCUCUUCAAAAUGCUGCUGAAAUUGUAGAGAAUGUAGCCAAAACAGUAAUAAAAUAAUGAGAGUUGAAAUUUAA